AUGGCGAACAUCAUCCUCACACGCAAGCUCAACGACCACAACUUCCGCGAAUGGGACAUCUACUUCCGCGGGAAGCUCAUCUUGAAGGGAAUGCAUCAGCAGUACCGCCACAUCGAAGGAUACACACACGUCCGCAUCGCCUACGAAGCGCUGGUAGCCCACCAUAAACCAAUGACGAAGAUCGACCGGAUCCAGGUCGCGAUGGAGUGGGCCAAGAUGUCGUGGGACCCGCGCCAAGAGACUCUGCCGGAUUCAUCUACCGAGUCGAACCAAGCGGUCAAACUACUUCCAUUGAUGCCGUGGGAGUUCCGCCAUAUUGUCGAUCGCUUGUCGAACCUUCCCGACAGUGAGAAAACCGUCGCCAAUACGAAGAUCGCGCUUGAAGCCGAGUGGAAGGCAGCCGUCCGGGGCGGCACCAUCAAGACACCACGCGGCCAAGCCAACGAAUACCGCGCCUUGUUCGCCGCUUGUGGCGGCGCGCCCAAGGAAGCAGUGGUCGCGGACAUGGCCGAGGUUGUGGCGCGUCCCGAAGUGGCCAAGCCGAACGAAGCGACCUCCGAGUGCCGCAAGAAGGUCCGCGAGAACGGCCGGCCAAACUUCAAAGAGCAUCGGUCCGACGGGGAGGAAGAUCACUCCAACGCAGCCGUCUUCAUGUUCUCAGCGACUGAAAGCGGCGACGAUGACGGACAACCUACCCACGACGCGGCCGAAGACAACAGACCCAUCUUCCUCGGAGAACCCAGAGAGGCACUUCCGCUACGCACCGACCCCGACUGGCAUCCUACAGUCCAACCAGUGAGGCUGUUGUUCAUCAACGACAGCCCGUCGCCAACAUGGGUUACCUUCAUGAGCCGAACCAACCUCGAAGCCAUGUACCACGGGACCACGAUCGAAGCCUACACCACAGUUGCAGAAAUCCCGCCGUGGUUAACCCGACGCUACUUGGUCACCAAUCCAUGGCUAGGGCCGGACGCCAACGAAUCAUACAUCUUAGACACCGCAUUCCACUCAACGGAAUUGACGUACAACGGCGACGCACUUAACAUCCGCCGCAACCAACGGCGCCACAUCAACGAAGACGAUCCCGAAGCCGACUUCGAAGUCGCAUCAUCCUAUGAUGGCAGCAACGACAGCGACACCAGCGACAUGGCAUACUCGGUCGAAACGAGUGACACACGUACCAUCGAGCACCGCAUCGUCGUCGAUUCCGGCGCGUCCGCCCACAUGACCGGCGCCAGCGAGCACCUCGUCACCGUCGCAACUACCAUGGGGAAGCUCAACAUCAGCACGCCCUCACGCACAACACUUACCCUGACCGAUGUGCUCUUGAUCAAGGGUAUGUCGACGACACUCCUGUCCAUCCCGAUGUUGAUGCGGGCCAACCCCAACGUCCACCUGGAGUUCCAACAAGAUGCGUGCACGAUCCUGCUCGGUUACAAGUCAGUGGCACGCGCUACAAUGAGCAAUGAUCAGCGACUGCCUCGGGCUGCCUUCUCGCAUCAACGACUUGUCUAA